GGGGCCCGGCGCGUGCGCGGAGCCAUCGAAGGCUCCAGAACGCUCAGAAGGAUCCGGGGCGGCGGAGGCGGCGGAGCCGGUGCCACCACCCGCUGUUGUCACCGUCGCUGUCCCCUUUUUGUCCCCGUUCCACCGUGGAGUCGCUGCGCGCUCUGUCCCAGCUGCACUCCCCUCCGCGCGGGGCGGGGGGAGGUGGCGGCGGUGGCGACCUGGGCGGCUCCGGUGGCGACCACGGUGGCGAUCCCUGCCCGCCCAUGGCCCGCACGGUGUGGGAUGAAGAGGAAUGYUUGGAUUAUUACGGAAUGCUGUCCCUGCACCGCCUGUUCGAGGUGUUGGGCGCUCAGCUGACCGCCAGCGAGGUGGCCGUGCUGGCCGUGCUGCUGGACGAGGCUCCGGCCGCGCUUCACCCGCUGGACCCCGCGCUCUGGGCCGGGGAUGGGGACGGGAACGGGGACGGGGACGGGGAUGGUGUGUCCCCGGUUCUGCUGGAGCGCUGGAGCCGCCGCCGCUGCCGCCGCGAUCCCCGGGCGGGGUCGGGASCGCCCCGGAACGGGCUGGAGCUGCUGCUGGAGAUGGAGAGGAGGGGACUGUGCCAUGAGGGGGAUCUGGGACAGCUCCGGCGGCUGCUGCGGAUGGUGAGCAGACAGGAUCUGCUGAGGUGUGUGAGCCUGAAGAGACCAAGGCCAGGUUAGUGUCACUGUGUGUCA